UGAGGUAGCUAUUCUAAAUAAUUACCUAUGCAUACAACAUAUGUAUGUCUGAUUGUCUUGACUCUUUAAUUUUAUUCCAUGAUAUAAUCUUAGCAUUUCUACAAGAUGUUACAAACAUUUAGGAGACAAAUAUUUCAAAAUAUAUUUGGUGGCAAAGGGUUAAACACGUGGUCACCCCUCGCGACAGCGUUUAAUUCCACUGUUGUUGAUGACGUUCAUGCAGUAAAUGUAUCAAAAAAGGAAACAGGACUGUUUGGUAUUCUGGAACUGAAAAGCGAGGAUGGCUUUGAUAUAUUGAAGAAUCGUGCCUUGUCGCAAGUAGAUGUUCUCAUCGAAGAAGCUACGUGUAAAGACCGGAAGAGAAAAAUGGUAGAAAUAUUUGAUGAAUUAUCCAAUACAUUGUGUAAAGUAGCGGAUAUGGCAGAAUUUAUCAGAGUGGCACAUCCUGAUCCACGAUAUGUACGUGCUGCUGAAGAUGCUUGCAUAACUGUCAGUGGUAUAGUCGAAAGGUUGAAUACACAUCGUGAGUUGUAUGAUUCUCUGAAACGAGUGACAAGCAACGGUGAUAUUCGAGUGACAUCGGACAUGGACGAUCACGUGGCUGAAUUAUUUUUAUUUGAUUUUGAACAAUGUGGAAUACAUUUGCUUGAAAGGCAAAGGAGAAAAGUAGUCGAACUGAAUGAUUAUAUUUUGCAAGUGGGUCAAAAGUUUAUGGCCGGCGCUGUUACUCCAAGGACUGUCAACGCCGACGCGUUACCCGACGUUAUCAAACAGUAUUUUGUAACGGAAAAUGGCCGGAUAUUAGUGCAAGGAUUUUACACAGACUCCUCCAAUACCGCUGUCCGCGAAGCAGCAUACAAACUGUUUCUAUAUCCGGACGAACAACAAGAGUACCUUUUGCGCGAGCUCUUAAAUUCCAGACACUCGCUAGCGAAAUCUUGCGGAUUUGUAUCCUACGCACAGAGAGCUGUAAAAGGGAGCACGGUUGAAUCGCCGAUUGUGGUGAGGGAAUUUCUUGACAUACUGAACGACAAUUUGCAACCUAAAGCGGCGCUGGACUUUCGAGAAAUGCAAAUGAUGAAGGAUAUUGAGUCACCUGCGAAACAACGAGCAUUGAUGCCAUGGGAUACCGCUUACUUGACGGCUAAGGCGAAGAAGGCUUGGUUCGACACCUCCGCGACUGAAUUCGCUCCGUAUUUUUCCAUCGGCGCCUGUAUGGAGGGUUUGAAUAUUCUUACCCGAUCGUUGUACGGAGUCGAGCUGAAAUCCGUUUCAGUGCUAGCCGGGGAGGUGUGGGCUAAUAACAUUCACAAGUUAGCUGUGAUAGACGAGGAGGAGGGAAUCUUAGGUUACAUUUACUGCGAUUUCUACGAAAGAGCAGGAAAGCCGAAUCAAGACUGUCACUUUACGAUCCAAGGCGGAAAGCGGUUACCGGACGGUACUUAUCAGAUACCUAUAGUUGUACUCAUGCUGUCACUGCCGCAUCCACGUUUGUCGAAUUUGUGCUUGUUGACGCCUUCAUCCGUGGACAAUUUGUUUCAUGAAAUGGGACAUGCGUUGCACUCCAUGUUCGGUCGGACGAAGUAUCAACAUGUAACUGGGACUAGAUGCAGUACAGAUUUCGCCGAAGUGCCGAGCGUGCUAAUGGAAUAUUUUGCGAGUGAUCCAAGGGUUGUAUCGAAAUUUGCGAAACAUUUUCAAACCCAAGAGCCCAUCCCAGAAAAGUUGUUGCGCACGCUGUGUGCUUCGAAGAAUAUCUUCUGCGCCUCGGAACUGCAGAAUCAAGUGUUUUACAGUAUGCUAGAUCAAGUCUAUCACAGCGGCGAACUAACGAAAUCCACCACCCAAAUUUUAGCGGAUGUGCAGAAAGAAUAUUAUGGUCUUCCUUACGUGAAAGAUACGGCAUGGCAAUUGAGAUUCUCUCACUUGGUUGGAUACGGCGCGAAAUAUUACUCUUACUUGAUAUCUCGUGCCAUAGCAGCCUGGAUUUGGCAAACCUACUUCCACGAUAAUCCUUUCUGUCGGUCAGCGGGCGAACGUUAUCGAAGAGAGUGCUUAGCGCACGGAGGCGGUAAACCGGCGUCGCAGUUGGUAUCGGAUUUCUUGCAUAAAGAAAUUAAUGCUGCUACAUUUGCAAAGUCGUUGAUCAACGAAAUCGAUAUGAAGAAUGUACAUAUACAAACGAUAAAAUAAUGUGACGAGAUGAAGUGAGUGUAUAAUAGCUCAGAGGAAUUUUGCGGAAUAAUUCGCGGUGAAUUGGUGUGUAACAUUUUUAUAAAAUUAGAAAUAGUAAUGAAAUAUACAAGUUGUUUUCAAGAGUUGUUUUUAAUGUGGAAAAUGUUCUUUUUAAUAUUAGACUUUUUAGACGCGCGCGUUUCUAGUUUAACGCAUGUGCGUGGCAAUUUUCCAAAAUAUCACAAUCGAGUCUUCAGCAUCGAAAUUAAAUGUCGAGAUCUGAAUUUCAAUAAAAAAAAAUGUUUUUUUUCGUAACCUUUGCUGUUUGAAAAGUAUCUUGUUUUUGUAUUCGAAAAAAAAUUGAUCCGAGAAAACUUGUUAUUGGAAAAUAAUUACGAUAAAAAUGGAUGUACAAAUUCUUUUUUCAUUUCGUUUCACAAAUCAAAUUCUUACGUUGCGAGAUAAAUAAAUUGUAAUGACAUUA